AUGGCAAAAGUAGNCAUUUCCUUUUCCCUGUCAUUGUCCACUUCUACUGAUGGCAAAAGUAGUGGAGGUGAAGUAGCUCAGGUCAACACUUCCCUGGGGCAAAUCAUAGGCACUAGCCUCACCGUCGAUGGCCGGACAGUGUCUCGCUUUCUGGGCAUUCCCUAUGCAAAGCCUCCGAUUGGGCCGCUUCGAUUUGCUCGGCCCCAGCUGCUGGAAAAUGAUGGCAAAAACACAAGUUUCCAGGCAGUACACUGGCCACCCAUCUGCCUGCAGAGCUCCAACAGACAGCUGGCUGGAGAUGGCGCCCGGUUGGUCACCACGAAGAACAUGUCCGAGGACUGUCUGUACCUGAACGUCUGGUCGCCUGUGGAGCUGAAACUGGGAAGCACUCUCACUUCAGAUCAACUGAAACCGGUCAUUGUUUGGAUUCACGGAGGCGGACUGAUCAUCGGCACGUCCAGCUUUGACCUGUACGACGGCGAAAUGUUGGCCGCCAAGGCGGACGCCAUCGUGGUGACCUUCAACUACCGUCUGGCCAUUCUGGGCAACCUCUACUCCGACGAGGUGGAAACGGACGUGAAGGGCAACCAGGGCUUCUGGGACCAGAAUCAGGCGUUGAAGUGGGUGCAGGCGAACAUCGGCGCCUUCGGCGGGCGGGCCGACCAGGUGACGGUGAUGGGCGAGUCGGCGGGCGGCUGGUCCGUCAGUGCGCACAUUCUCUCGCCCGCUUCGAGGGGCCUCUUCCAGCGGGCCAUCCUCCAGUCGGGCGCCCUGGUCGACUUUCCUGGGUACGCCAGGCCGGAGGACUUUGUCCGGCUGGCGCUGACGGGCAUUCGGGCGGUGGGCUGCGCCUCGGAAAAUGACACCUCGGUUAGCGGCGAGGUGGUGGCCUGUUUGCGGCAGCUGCCCGAGGAGAAGAUCACCCAGGUCUACGGUAGCAUCAAGAAGGCGCCCUUUGAGUCGGUGGUGGCCGUCGUCGAUGGCGUCUUCAUUCCGGAGGCGCCACGGAAGAUGCUCUCCAGUGGGAACUACCAGAAGAACAUCAGCCUGCUGGUGAGCACGGUGGAGGACGAGGGCAGCUUCAUCUACAGCAUGUUCAGCAAGAAAAGCAGCAAUAAUGAUGAUCAGCGGGCCAACUUUAGCCUCGCCGAGGCAAAGGCCUUCUUUCCCGGCCUGCUGAAGGCAGGGCUUUUGAAGCCAGUUCAGCUAAGCGGUCAGGUGGAUUUAGCCGCCCUCGGAGAGACCAUCAACAAGGUCGUCUUCAACGGCCUGCUGGCACCUCCGGCCAUCAGGCGGCCUGGGGAGUGGCGAAAACGGCUGGGCGUUGCCUUCGGUGACCUGGCCAUCACCUGUCCGACUCUCAAUUUCGCCAAAGAAGUCUUCAAGGGGGCACCGAACUCGGCCCGCGUUUACCAGUGGUACUUCAACAGCAAGCUGGGCAAUCAGAAGUUCUUCUGCCAGCAGCCGUGGGCGGGCGCCUGUCACACUAAUGACCGUAAGUAG